CUGCACUGGCUCUUGGAUUUCUGGUCGCACUUUCUCAGGCGGCGUCGAUUGGAUCGGUUCGGAUCGUUCGGGUUUUUUAGGGGUUCUCUGUCCGCUGUCUGUCCAACAAUUUUCAAUAACUUCUCGUAGUCUCUGCUGCGCAUGCGAAUAUCAAAUAGAAAAGCAGAACCAAACCGAAAAAGUGCGAAAAAAAAGUGGAGCAAGAACGAUAACACCUUCGAAUGUGGGGGGAAAAAGAAAACAAACGGCAACGGGGCGCAACUAAGUGUAAAGUGGAAAUGCAGUCCAAAUAAUGGCUGAGAUUUCUCGUUAACUCGUUCUGUGUGUGUUUACCUUUGUGCGUCGCCAGCAUUAUUUGACCGAAAAUUCUGAACUCUUCUGAGACUUCGGAGACCGAUCGCGAUCGCUCAUUAUCGCUUGCGCAAUUGCGUUUACCUUCUCCCAACAACAACUUCAACUUCAACUUCAAUUUCAAACCGCCCACUAAAACGCCGACGCCGUGUAUUUUACAACAUUAUCGAUUUGUUUGGCUUUAUUUACUUGGUUACUAGCUUAUCGCAGUGCCCCGAAAAAAAGGAGCGUCCAUUAGCACAACUGAAUCCCAAAAGAAAAUAACGAAAAACGGAAAACACUCCCGAGGAUUAUUCAAAUAUUUUGUGUGUGCAUCUCGGUUAGCUGAUAAGAUGACCACCCGUGCAGUGUCCAGGUGCAAUAGGCCCAUAAAUUGAGCCCCUUGGCUUUCAUCUUUGAGAUAAAUCCCCCCGUCGGACUUGUGACAAUGAGCGGUAUGCGUCCGGGCAGCGUUUGUGAUACCACACCGCUUCAGAGAUUCGAGAGCCAGAGCAGCAGUAGCGAGGAGCCUUCUUCACCGACGGCGGCCAGCAUUGUAGCCGCCGCCAAUGCUGGGGCAACUUCUAAUCCCAACCACAACAAUAACAACCAUGUGAAACUCGACUUGCAGAUGCCCACGUUCGUUGGGGGCAACCAGCGUCCAAAUGGCACAGGACCGAAGCCCAUGCGAGGUCCCCGCCAGAUAUUCCAACGGAUUUUCGUGGAUCUCUGCUUGCUCAGCUGUGUGGGACUGCCUAUGCUGGGAUUCUCCGUUUGGGGCGAGCCUUUCAAAAGGGGCUUCUUCUGCAAUGACAAUUCCCUGCAACAUCCUUACAAGGAGUCCACUAUGCGCAGCUGGGUGCUAUAUUUAAUGUGCGGAGUCUUGCCAGUUUCAGUUAUUGUUGUUGUGGAGUUCUUUAGAGCACAGGACAAGCGGUUGCGUGGCGAAAAAUACAAGACCGGCAGUGGCUAUCACAUCUGCCACUUGGAGUUGCCGAAAUGGCUGCUGGAGUGCUAUCGUAAAAUAGGAAUCUUUAUAUUCGGUCUGGGGGUAGAGCAACUAACUACAAAUAUAGCCAAGUAUGCUAUUGGGCGGCUGAGACCGCAUUUCUUUUCUCUUUGUCAACCUGUUUUACCGGACGGCAGUACUUGCAGUGAUCCCAAGAACUUCGGUCUUUAUAUCGAGGACUUUGCUUGCUCCGCGGUGGACAUCACUUCGAAGCGAAUGAAGGAUGUGCGACUAUCGUUUCCCAGUGGACAUGCCAGUUUUGCGUGCUAUGCCAUGCUCUAUUUGGCGAUUUACUUGCAACACAGGAUGCAGUGGUCGCGCUGCCGCAUGUUGCGCCACUUGCUGCAGUUCAUGUUGCUGAUGUUCGCCUGGUAUACGGCCCUCACUCGAAUUUCUGACUACAAACAUCACUGGUCUGAUGUCUUGGCAGGAUCAUGCAUCGGUCUUACCUAUGCUAUAAUUGUGUCUUCCUUAUAGACCUCGACUAUGUGGUAAGCUGACAUCUGAAGACAACCAGGGGGUUACAAACCCCAAGACCCCACCGCGCUGAGCUGCUACCGCUUUAAGAUGUCUCAUCGGCUUUGAAUUUCAGUUUUAUUCUAGUUUUAACUUUUGACCAUGUCUACCACUAAGUACUAUUUAUCUUUAUGUGACAGGUUUUACUUAAUAAAUUUCAGUUAAAUGUGUUGUAA